AUGCCUUCCCGUCAAAUAUCGACAGAAAAGGACAACCCUAACUCACCGGAUGUGAUACAAGAUUAUGGCAUGUAUCCUGACAUUCCUGACAAUUUAUUGGUAGACGUUGAUACAACACCAUCUGUAUCGUUACUAAGGUCAUUGGCUCCCACUCCAAACUUGUCAAUUCAGGAAAUCCCCACACUUCGUAAUGAAAAAGUUGCCAGUUCCCCUACGCCGCCGACACUUUCCUCUAGACAUGAACCUUCACAACCCGAGGACCAGCAGCCAUCUCAACAAGGAGCCACUUCGUAUUGGACUUCCGAUGGUACAUUGAAGAUCAUAGAUUUUACUAAAACUCAAGAGUUAUUAGUUCCAGCUCCAUCAAGUCCAUAUGAAGCAUUUCGGUUACUUUUGGACGAUGAUUAUUUGGAUAUGAUUGUGCAUGAAACUAACCUCAAUGCAUUAAGAGUUUUAGGACAACCUGGUUUAACCGAAAAAUCCAGAAUAACUCACUGGAAAGAUUUAGACCGCGAAGAAUUAAUUACAUUUUUAGGUUUACUGCUUCACACAGGUACAAUUCGCCUCAACAGACUCAACGACUAUUGGAAGAAGCAUUGCUUCCGCCAAUUGGAGUUUGAUGAUGACGAAUCUAAUAUAGACAUUGAAGAUGAAGAAGGUAUGACACCAGGAACUGUGCUGGAGUAUAGAACACAAUCAAAAAUGUCUUUUCCAAGAUCAAGAAUAAUCAAUGAUAGAGACAUUGAAGAGUACUUGUCUGCUCUGGAAGGAGGAUAUCUGUCAGAAGAUGGCAUGGAAAUGUCUGAUACGGAAGGUAAUAAGGAAAGUAUCUUUUACACCAACAGAAAUGAACCACUGCAAGACGUAGAGGAUGAUGAUAAUCUGGAAAAUGAACCUACUUUACAUGAAGAACAAGUUGAUGUGCAUGAUCCCCCUCUGAUUCUAGAAACUGUGGCAUCUAAAGCAGGAGAAAACUCUGCUUGUUCGACUUGGGUGUUAGACAAGAGGAAGCUGAUUUGGAAGAAGAGUACACUUCAGUUUUCUGAGUCAAAUAUUGAAUUUGAAGGAAGGACUGAUCUAGGUGAGUUCAGAAACGAGCUGGCCUAUGUUUUAUGUAACUCAGGCACAAAUGAAAAUAAAAGAGGUCGGCCUAGCUCUUCCAGCCUGGAGCAGGAGUUGCAAGCUAAGAAGAAGAGGUUACAAUCAAAACCAAUUCCUCCAUUGGAUAUACGGAUGGAUGGUCUAGGGCACUGGCCAGAUGUUGGUGUGUCGCUUCGUUCCACGGUGGUUAGUACUGGUAACCACCUCAUUCCUCAAAAGCCUUAA